ACGACUUUUUCAGCCAUGUCCCAGGUUUGUCCGUCAUCCUCGCAUCAACUGGUCGCAGCCGCGGUAGCUUUUCGCCGAGCUCGACGUAAAUUUCCGAAAAAUUUUGGUUUGUAUAGCAACAUAGAAGAAACAAAGUUCGAUAAGACUGAAAGCGUCAGCGGAAACGAGGAGCUAAACGAUCAAGAAAAUUCGUCGCUUCCAUCGAGAAACUGUUCAAACGGAAGAUCGAAUCGUGUGGAAGCAAAGGCAUUCUGGAACGAUGAGUGCGGCGAAAGUGGCUCGAUCAAGGAAAACUUACUCAAGAAGCCAAUAAUCUGCAGUUGUUGUCGUAAACGUAACGAUCAAUGCAAUGCUGGAGAUGCACUCGACAUCGUCCCAAGCAAAGAGCACAAUGGGAUCACGCAGAAAAGCGAAUUUUCUAAAUCGGAACAAACAGAAAGUUGUAACGCGAAGGCAAUAAAAAGUUUCAUAACGGAACCUCGAAAUUCUAGUCGUUGUCGUGGCUCAUAUUCUUAUUUUCCAAGACGAAACCCGAAAAAAACUUCCACUAAAUUGGAUUCCGUUAAUCUUCUGUACGGCUACGAUCAGAACGAAGUGGACAAUGUUAAAAGCAGCGACUCGUUCGAGAAACGAAAUUACGAUAAAGACGAGCACGAGUGUAAUGCCGAAGGGAGAGAUCAUAAAUCGUAUCAUCGAAACUCGCAAAAGGAUAACCACCCAUCGUCGUCUAGUAUUUCGCGCACAUUCCGUUGUGCGAAACAUUCGACUCUUGAUCUUCUACGACCUCAUCGGGAUUAUUGGUAUCGUCAGAGUCGUCAUUAUUGCUGCCAUUCUCACGAUCACUGCCAUCAUCGUUGCGACAACGAGUACAACAGUUAUUCAUCAAAGGAAAAGCGUCUCGCGUCAGACACGUGUCUCUGCUCCUCGAACUCCAACAAUCGGAGAAAUUGCUGUUCCAAUGACCAAACCCCGCACGAAUCUAUCUGCAGUCAUAAGUGUUGCGCGAACAAUUCAGAAAAGAUUUCGACGGUGCAAGAGCAGAACGACGAGGAACUGGACGAUUCCGUGGGCACGAUCAAUCACAAGGACUCUUUGUGUAUUCUGGUGGAAAAGUACAAGACUAAUAAAAAGUGCAAGCACAAGACAUACCUCGGCGGCCCUGAAUUCUCGAGCGAACGAACUAAAGACGAAUGCGAUAAAUCGUUCACCUCGGAAACCAGUUGUCAACUGGAUGAAAUCGUGAACGCGAAACAAGGGGAGAAAUAUUCGAGCAGCAAUAAAUGCCGUUUCCGAGACAAUCGUGUGUCGAUGGGGAGAACGUGCAGACAUGGCUGCGGUCCAAUCUUCAGGGAAGGGGAUUGCAAUCAAUUCAAAAACCUCAAGUCUCGUUUAAUAAAGACUGGUACUUGUUGUUCAGCGAAAGGCACACCGUGGAGACACACGUUUUAAAUUCAACGAAGAUUCUUCACUUUGAGUUCCACUUUUUCAUACCAAGUUUUUGUAUUUAUAUCGUUUCUAGUUCGCACGUUCGUUUGCUACUCGUCUUUUUUUACAUACAGUAGCUAGCUGCUAUAGAUGUAUUUAUAUCGCUAUUUAUUGGUUAUUAUUUAUUAAGAAAUUCGAGUUUAACAAAAAAGGUAGAAAAAAAGAUCAUAUCACAUAUAUAUUUUGCCUUUGUACGAAGACACCGCUCUAUGUAUUUAACAAAUUUACAUUAAAACCACUAUAAGAUUUCUGCGUACAAAUUUUCAUUGUAAUUUUUAUCUUCACCCACAAAAAGGGACAAAGAAGUUUCGAACAGUAGUUCAAUUUCAAGGUUGGCGCACCGUCGCUCCUCCGGAUGGUUAUUUUUUAAGGUAUAUUGCGCUAAUAAAGUUAAUAAACUUAUUUUGGAAGUAUAUUGCUUUAAUAAAGUUAAUAAACGAG